AGCAGGAAGCGGGCGGGCCGGCCGUGACCCGCGGGCGGGCAGCGCCGGCCGCGCCAUGACGGGAAAAUCGGUGCGGGACGUGGAGCGCUACCAGGCGGUGCUGGCCGGGCUGCUGGCCGAGGACGAGAACAAGUUCUGCGCCGACUGCCAGGCCAAAGGGCCACGAUGGGCAUCCUGGAACAUCGGGGUGUUCAUCUGCAUCCGCUGUGCUGGGAUCCACAGGAACCUGGGGGUUCACAUAUCCAGGGUCAAAUCUGUCAACCUCGACCAGUGGACACAGGAACAGAUUCAGUGCGUGCAGGAGAUGGGGAAUGGCAAAGCCAAUCGUCUGUACGAAGCUUACCUGCCUGAGAACUUCAGGAGGCCCCAGACAGACCAAGCUGUGGAGAGUUUUAUCCGAGAUAAAUAUGAGAAAAAAAAAUAUAUGGACAGAAGCAUCGACAUCAACACCUUCAGGAAAGAAAAAGACGACAAAUGGAAAAAGAGCAACGAGUCAGAAAGGAAACUGGAACCCAUCAUCUUUGAGAAGGUGAAAAUGCCUCAAAAGAAAGAUGAAACACAAUCCAGGAAAAGUUCCCCCAAAUCUGAGCCAGUUAUGGAUUUGCUGGGCCUGGACGCCCCGGUGACAACGCCCGUCACCAACGGCCGGCCCUGCAGCCUGGAGAAGGACCUGGACCUGUUUGCAUCCGUGGGAUCCAGCUCAGACUCCAGGAAGGUCGUUGGCUCCAUGCCAACCUCUGGAAGUGCUGGCUCUGUUCCUGAAAACCUGAACCUGUUCCCGGAGCCUGGAGGCAAAGGGGAGGAGGUGGGGAAGAAGCAGCUCUCCAAAGACUCCAUCCUGUCCCUCUAUGGCUCCCAAACGUCCCAGGUGCCAGCACAAGGCCCGAUGUUCCUGGCUCCAGCUCAGCUGGGCUACCCCGCCUCUCCCUACGCCUUCCCGGCCGUGCCCCCCUCGGGCAGCCUGCUGGGGGGCGUGGUGGCCCCGCCCGUGGGGCUGCUGGCCCAGCCGGGGGCUGCGGGGCUGGUGGCCCCGGUGGCCAUCCCGGCCGGCUACGUGGGCGGCGUGCUGGCCGUGGGCUCGCAGCAGCAGCAGCAGCAGCAGCCGCCGGGCUACGCGGGGACCCCGCCCGUGCUCGGGGCGCCGCCGGCGCAGCAGCUGCACUGGAACCUGGCCCAGGUGACCCAGCAGAUGGCUGGGAUGAACUUCUAUGGAGCCAGUGGGAUGCUGGGCUAUGGCCAGUCCAUGGGAGGAGGAGCAGGAGCAGCCCAGGGCAGCAACCCCUCCCUGUGGAAAUGAGCCCACCUGUGACCAUUUCUGCCUUUGUUCUGUCCCCCAGACCUGCUCCAUCACAUUCAGGGUUUAUUUUUUAUUUUUUCCUUUAAGGUUUGGGGAGCCAAACCCACCUCCCUCAACCUGAAAUUUAUAUUUUUUUUGUUGUUGUUGUUUUUUCCAUCCCUGAGCUGCAUCUCUGCCUUCCCACUGUCACAGCCAUGGGGACAGCUGUGUCCUCAGCACAGUCAAUGCACACAGGGAGGGGAGGGCAGGGGGUCCCUCCCUGCUCUGAGCCCCCCCUGAGUCCUGGGUAGCACUUGAUGCCCUGCUGGGCACUGAGAAACCUGCAACAGAACCUGCAAAAUCUGGGCUGAAUCCUGCCCAGAAUUCCUCACUUCAAUGCCAGUGUUAGAUUUAUUAUUUUUUGUUGUUGUUGUUGUUUUUUUGGGGUGGGGGAACCUGUUUGGUGCUGAGGAACUGGAUUUAAGAUUUAAGCCGAGCCCAGGGGCAAGCAAGCCUUGCUACCUCCUCCCUGCCCCCAUCUCCUUGGAACCAAAGCCCUGUCCCAGCCCUGAGCAAGCAGGAAUCUGCCCAGAGUGGGGCCAAGCUGGUGGAAUGUCACAAACUUGCACUGCAGAGGGGAUUUUCUGGCUGCUGUUGGGAUUUUGGAUGGGAUUUCACUUCUAACAAUCUUAACCAGAGUUCAUUCUCCAGAGCCCUGUGCAAGUUUUCUUACACUUUUAAAAAUUUACUCUCACAUCCUAAUUUAUACUUUUUUUUUUUUUUUUUUUCAUAUAUAUUUUUUUUUUCUGUUUUGUUUUGUCCUUGUUGUCGUUGUUCCUGUGUAAAAUCCUGGUUCCCCUCCUUCCCUGGCUCGCUUGGGACAUUUUAAUCUUUAGGCAGAUUUCUUUUUCUCAUCUUUAGUAGAACCCAAAACUGCUUCAAAAUUCAGCAAGAAGUCGGACUUGUGGUCUGCUCUCUCCUGUGGAUAUGUAAAUUCCCAAAUAAAAUAUUGCAGUGGA